AAAAGAAAGAUUAUCUCAUCUUCCUCCCGGCUCUCACACAGCUUCCCCCGCUCCACGCUCUCCACGUGACCACACCUCCGGUCCUCCACACGCCCUGCGCGCACACACAGUCACACAGAGCCCCUGCCGCGUCAUGUCUCUCCUGGCUUCCCCGACGCCGUUCGGCACGGCCUCCGCCGCCGCCCGCCGUCGCCUCCCUCCCGCCACCACCCCGCUCCUGGGCCGCCGCGCCGCGCUGCACGUGGCGCUCGCGCGCCGGGGCGGCGUCUCGUCCCGCACGCAGCGGAGGCUCGAGGAGCGCGGCGGGAAGAAGCGCCGCGGCGGGGUCGACGCCCCCGCACCGCCCGACGCGGACGAGGACUACGCCGAGGCGUGGGAGGGGGUGGAGUGGGAGGGGGAGCCGCUGGGGUUCGAGGUGUCGACGACGCCGAUGCCGUACCUGCCGGACCCGGAGCAGCAAGACUUCUGGGAGGGGCCCCAGUGGGACGGGCUUGGCUUCUUCGUGCAGUACAUGUGGGCCUUCGGCGUCUUCUUCUCUUUGAUUGCUUGUGGUGUUGCCGUGGCUACAUAUAACGAUGGGGCAACAGACUUCAGAGACACUCCAGCUUUCAAGGAAUCCCAAACACAGGAGUUCCCAGAAGAGUCAGAAUCAUCAGGCUCUGAUGUGUUUGAAGGUAAUCCAACUGAGGUAGCACCAGCUCUUGAGUAGGACUGUCAAGGAGGCAUUAUGAGAAGAAAAAGGAUGAAGGCUCUCUCUUUGAGCUAUAGGGCUAUGCGGUAGCCAUUAAAAUUUGUGCAAGAUUCAGCUGAAACUCGAAACCAUAGUGGUAAGGAAAUUAGCUGGUGAUCACCAUGUACUGAAUUCUCCCCUGAUAAUCCUACGUUGAAAUCAGAAUAUGUAGAUGGUUAGUGGUGAUGAAAUUCAGUUGUGUUUUUAUGCCUUCUUUUAUUUUUAUUUAAUUUCCUGGGUACUCAAAUGGUUUGUCUACAUGUCGAGUGACAAGAAGCACAUUCAUGUC